GAUUUAUCCUGGGCUUGUGGAUGUAGGGGUGUCUUGAAAGAAAGGAGAAUGAUAUUUGUAGGAAAUUGCUCCAGCUUUGUAGAGUAACAAAUUGGAAGGCUCCUUGAAGUACUGGGGGAAAAGGCAGGUUAAAAGGAGAAUAAUGUCCCAGGAAUUUGAAGAGGGAUAGUUUGCAGAUGGAUGUUCCUAAAUUUGUGUAUUUUUUGUGUGUUUGUGUGUGUAUGUGUUGUCACUUAAGAACCCUGGAAACUUGGGAUCAUCCUGUAUUUUUCCUAAUGGAGAAUAAAUUAUUAGACCUUUGUCAUCUAAGGAGAAGUGCUGAUCAUUUAAAAGUUGCAAAAGCCCUGGGUCCAACAUCAGGGUUAUUCAUUUGACUGCUCUGGCCCCAUGAACUUUGGGAUGCCAAGCCAAUUGGGAUUUGCCUCGUUCAUGUGCCUCCUCAGAUCUUCAUUUUUAACCAUGUCUCUACAGCUUUAGAGAUAAAUAGUCUUGGACAAUUGCCUUUUUAUUCUUAUAGCUGAAUCUGCCUAAUCAGGCUAGUCUGUAAACCUUGGGUUUAUUCCAAAGCUUAACUAAGGAUGUCUUUUUUAAAAACAAUUUUCUCAGUUGACUUAUAGGAAAUUUAAAGGAACCAGUUCUCCACUGUGUUUAAAAUUACUUUAUGGAAAAUCAGCUUAAUUCAACUGUUGAGUUCAGUUGCCUACUCUGUUCAAAGCACAAUUCUGUGGGAAAUAUCAGAGAAGAGCAAGACAAGGCCCUUAACCUCAAGGAACCUUGUCUAGCUAGGAAGAUGAGACAUAAACUGAAAUAGACAUGCUUUUAGAGAAGAACUGUUGGCUGAUGACUGCACUUUCAUUGUUUUGCACUUUUUGACACAAUGGGACCGGGUAGAUCAUCUUCAACCUGCGUUCCUCUAACAUCUAAUGUCCAACCAGAUGGGAUGUGUGACUUCAAGAGACUACAGACCCAGCUGCAGUUUAAUAGGAGUGUUCCUCCACAUCCAAGCAACUUGGCAAUUCGAUAUUCUAGCCCACAUGCUAUUAGAAUUGAAAAAUUGAAGCAUUCCUACAAUGAGUCAUCUCAUUGUAAAGAUUUGGAUUUUAGACAUGGUCUUGAUCUAAGCAGUUCUGUUUCAUUUUCUGUCAUAUCAGAAGAGAGACUUAAUUAUGCUGUCCACCUAGCCAAAAGAGAUGUGAAACGAAGACAGUUUGAAGAACACAUAAAAGAACAUCAUCUCAAAAGUCAACCCCAAACCUCUAAGAAAUGUGGACAUACUAAGCCAGUUAUAUCUGACCACAGGGUAGAAAGGAAGGAAUCAAAGAGUCAGGAAGCCUAUCAGUACAAUCACCAGCCAUCCAAAGUAGAGGUUUCCAGCUCAAGUGCCAAGGUAUACCUAUAUGCUACUUAUCCAGGACAGUCGGAUCUUGCCCUGCCAAAUCUACCAACUGCCCAGAAUCCAGGACUUCAGACUCAUGUUAGGAUAAGUGAGCACAAAAACCUAUGUGAACACAAGAGCCUGUUAGAAGUUCAAAGACUCCAGAAAGAAUUGAGUAACUGUAUCUGUAAAAUUGAAGAAUUAGCUAAAAAAGAUCGAAUGGAAGACACUUUGGAUCCAGAUGAAGAAAGGCGAGUCCGCAUAAGGAGGCAGGAGCAAGCUGUUCGUUCUGCCCGAAUGCUCUAUGUUCUUCAGCAGCAGGUUAAAGAAAUCCAGAAAGAAUUGGACAAGUUGAGUCCACAUAAAACUAAACACACUAAAAAGUCAUGGGCAAUGUCAAGGCUGGCAGCUGCCCAUCGAGGAGCCAUUCGGGCCUUACAGAUGUUGGUUACUCAGUAUACUGACCGAGGAGAGGACCCAGUUCCUGCUCGAUGUAAGGAGCUGGGAAGUCUUAUCCGCCAGCUUUCUCUCUGUUCUGCCAAGUUGGAUGUUGAUUCUUCUGUUCCUGAUGUAGUUAUAGAGAUCCUGCAACAAAUUGAGGCUUUGGAAUCCCUCCUGGAAAAGAAAUUUUCACCAAAAAGGGGGAAGAAAUGUUUCGGUGAAAUUCAAAGCAGAUUUUCUGAUGGUAGCCACAGAGCCUUAGAUAAAGGGCAGAGUGUAUCUGCAAAGAGCCAAAGGAGACCCUUCAUAGCAAAGGAAAUCCUUCCACAGGAAACAAAGCCCCCUUCCGUGGCAAAGUCACUUCUUGCUGGUAAUUGUCGACCUGAUGCAGAGAUUCCAGUAAUAAAGAGUUUGGAGAAUGAGCUUGGUAUAUUAGAUGCCGAUUUUCCCCUGGAAGAAACUCCAUCUGUUUUAGACCAAAAUGCAAACUUAAAAGAAGAGGCAUCAGCCAUGGUAAAAACAGUGAAAAAGAAAUCAGUGACUAAUGUGCCAUUUAAGAAAAAAGGAGUCCACAAAGCUGAAAAAUGUAGACCAAUCCAAGUUCACAGCAAAAGCAGGUUGCACCAGACAACAGUCUCUUCCAGAUUAAAAAUGAACCAACAGCCUAUGAAAGAACAUAGGGCUCCUUGGAUACCUCCAAAUCCUACAUCUCCACCAACAUCUCCUAAAUGUGUUACUUCAAUAAAGACAAAAUCUACUUCUAGAGAAGCAACAAAAGAACAAUCUCUCCAACAAGAAGAGGUUCCAGAUGAAAGUCGGUACAGAGAUUCUAUUGGCCAUGAAGCAGCUAGACUUGCUUGGCUUGAUGCUGAGACUUCUAAAAGAUUGAAAGAAUUGGAAGAAUUAAAAGCUGAAGAAGUGGAAAAGAUGAAAAGGCAAAGAGUUUCUGCCAACCAGUUAGCAGACAAGGUAGAGAUGGCGGUUUUUGAAAAUUUGAAGCCUCUCCUGGUUAAGGCCCAGCAAGUCAACUCUUCUCUGGAAGUAGAUACUCCUUUGAAAAAUCAGCCAUCAUGGGCACGAAAAAAGAAAGAUCAGCCAUCAGUGGAGACAUUGAUAGCUUGUCCUACAGAGAAGGCUAUAAAUGAACCUGAAUCCAACAUUUGUCAGCUGGAUGAAAAUGCUCAUGAGCCCUUGGUUGUGACUCAGCCUGAGCUCUUGGAUUCUGAAGCCUUAGCUACCUUGGAGGACAGCAUGGACAACCCAUGUCUGGAGACCAUGAUUCUCCGAAUGGAGGAGAUGGAAAAAUACCAAGAGAAAGUUCGCCAAAGAUAUAAUAAAAUUGCCUAUGCCGAUCCUCAUCUUUGGAUGCAGGAAGAAAAAAAUGACCAAAAGAUCCGAAUAGUAACUGAAAUGCCUCUACCACCUGAGCCUAUCCAGAUCACAAAGACAACUCAGAAAGACAGGGAUGCGAACAUCGUGUUAAAAAGGCCCUGCAGUAGCAAUUCUCUAGAUGAAAGUGUGGGAACAGAGGAGAGAUCUGACAGAAGAGAGGCUCCUCUUCUCUCUCUUGAAGAUUCUCAACAUAAAAAGGGUCAAGUUGCCCUCAUUGUUCCCCAGAAUAUGCAGCGGAGCAUCAGUGACUACUGUAGCCGUUUCGAGCAGUACCUUCGGAUGGUCUCUCAUGAGGCUGUGGGCUCCUUCAAUCCAUGGUUGAUUGCUGAAAGCUUUUCAGAGGAAUUGAUUGAUGAAGCUCUGGGGGCUGUGGCUGCUGAACUUAAGGACAUGUGUGAAGAGUAUGCAGAAGCUAUAUUCACCUCAGAAUUCUUAGAGGCUGCUCCAUAAAGACUCUCCAUGGCUGGACCCAACGUGUCACACUGGAGAAGAAAUGGUUUUGCCCAUAUUUGAACCCAUAUAUACCCUCAGCUGUUCCUCCAAGCCAGAAGGUGCUGCCUUCUUCUCACCACCUUCUUAAGGAAGGAAAUACCAAUGAGGCUGUCUCACUCUCCUUUUUCUCAUUGUCAUGGCAGUUGCCUUGUCACUUAGGAACGAACUUGUUAUAUUCAUCAUUCACUCAGAAUUGUAAAUUAUGAUGAUGUGUUUUCUGAUUGUGUGAUUUUCUAUUGAAAUAUUAUGCUCAUUCCCCUGGCUCAGUUUGGUGAUCAGAUUGUUGUAGAAUGUAAUUAGUGUAUUUCACAUAGGGAUUGUAUUGCUAUUGAGCCUCUAGUUGUCAUUGAUGCCAACAGAAAAGUGCAAUUACUAUAUGGUCCUAACCAUGACUCAUGUUUCUUUUGAUGGCAGUUUCCUAUCAGGACACCUGUCCCUUUUGGAUUAUAGACUCUCAUUGAGCCCAGAGGUUGGCUGCUCUGUUGCACUUAGUCAAAAUUGGAAACUCAGUUCAUCAGUGCUGUAGUCAUUACAUGUUGCUGAUGGUCAGUUUUAGACUUCCCCAAGUCUUAUUGUUGAGUGUUGACAACUUCUCAUAUAUAAAACUGAAUUUAGAGGAAAAUUUAGAAGAAUGUUUACUUCUUUAGGAGAGGCAGGUGUCUCCUGUGCCUUAUUGAAGUUCCUGAGCUCAGCUCCACCUCUGAUAAGGUCAAUUGUUUCUAAGAUUUCAUCCCCUUGUAUGGGAGAAGAGAACCAGCCUAGUCAACAUGAAGACUUCUUCACAGAGAAAGAGGAACCUGAGAACCUUAACAGCAGGAUCUGUGUGUCUUCUCAGUCAGAUUUUACCAAGAUCAAAGCCUCUUCAAAAAACGAAAGGCCACUACUUGGAAAAUUUUUCCCUCCAUUUUAUGCCCAAGGCUUUUUUGGUGAAAGAAAUGUGAAGAGUAACGUGAGACACCUCACAGAGUAAUGUGAAUCUUUUUAUAACACACACAGUGUUGUCAUCUGGGAUUUUUUUUCUGAAGUGCAAGUAUUUUAGGUGAUAAUUUCAGCUGCUUGAUCACACUUGUUUGUGUGAAAUUAAUUUUUAUUUAAUGUUACUGUUUUCCUGCUUAGUUUUAUAUAUCCUCAGGAUUAAAGACUUCAAGGGAAAUAAGUCUUUAAUUUAGAAGUUACAUGUGUAAUUGAUAGGAAUGUAUUAUUGAUGUUAUUGAUAGCUUAAUUUGUAUGGUGCUUUUUACUGUGUUCAUUUUUAAAAUAAACUCAAUAUUUUAA